AUGGCAGAACACGUGGCACAUGAAUUAGAUAAUGUCGCAUCGAGUUCAAAAGGGAUUAAACGGCCGUUAAGCAAUUCGGUGAAUGUAACCUGUAAAUCAAUUCGGAAAUCUAAUAAAACAGCCAGUGGUGAAAUCCAGACUAAAGUAAAAGUCCAGACUAAAAGUACGGUAACGUGUGAAUUAUGUUAUCAAAUAAAUCCUGAAAUCGUAACCAUUCCGUGUAAUGCCGAAUUUGAAUGCAUUGUACUUACGAACGAAGUUUUGGCAAAUAUUUAUACAGAUAAAUUGGAUGUUAUAAAACAUAAUUUGACCAACUAUAGUGUUUAUGAUGAAAAUGGACACUUGUGUUCAAUGGAUUCGGGAAUUAUUGAGCAAAAUAAACCAAUAUAUUUAACUGGUUAUGUAAAGCCAAUUUAUGACUAUGAUUCUAGUAUUGAAAAUGGAAUAGCAGUUAAACAAUUGGGGUCCAUUUUAGAAUGGUUCUUAGAGUCAUAUGAUUGCGGUUCAAAGAUAGUAAUUGGUGUGUCUACUAACUAUGCUGAUUAUUUAUUAGUUGAACCACAUCCAAGUUAUAGAAAGUAUAUGACAUCCAUAUUCGAAAAGGUACAUCUCAGUAAAGUAGUUGUAGAAAGAUUAGUAGAACUGAAAGAAUCUGAUGAUCCGUCCUAUGAGGAUAUUUUAAAUUAUGUAGUAAAUUCUGUAAACCCGGUAACAAAUAUCAAAUUCACUGAAGAAAAUCUCAUUUCCCAUGCUCAAUUUGUAAUUGACCAGGUUGACCAAGUCGACUAUGAAUCAACAACUGAAUAUAAUUUUCCACUAGUUGGUACACAAUUUAUUGAAACAUUGAAAAAACUAUCAGGCGAUGCAAGUUCUAUAGUAAAAAUGCCUCCCAGAAGGUUGAAUAUACAUAGAACCAAUAGUCUGAAAUAUGAUAUAAGUAAACAAAAAUAUAGUAAAGCCACUACCACAUACCUGGUAAAUGACAUAUUUGAAAAAAUAUUUACUGCGCAGUUAGAGCAGUAUAAAAAUGAAAAUGUAGUGGUUAUAAAUGAACAAAAGACUGUAUUUGAUGAUAUUAAGUUAAGCAAAAAAGUCAUUAAGACCCCCCAGGAAUUAUCUGGGAAAUAUAUUAUUGUAAAAGAAGAUUCUUCAAUUAAUCCUAUAAUUGGUCAUGUUCAAUAUUUAUUUCAAAACUGUUCUAAAACUAUGGCCCAUAUAAUUUUAUUUAUACAUGGUAAUCAUACCAUACUUGGUGAUACAUCUGACCCUCGGGAACUAUAUCUUUUGGAAAAGUGUACCGAUAUUGAUAUUAAAAAUGUAAUUCAAAUAGCAGAUGUAAAAUUUAAAAAACCAUGCAAAGAUUGGUUCAAACUUGGAAAUGCAGAGUUGAAAGAUAUUUCUGAACCAGUUGACCGGAACAAAAUUAAUGCAUUUUUUUAUCAAUUCCAGUAUCACGAAGAAUUUGGAAGAUUUGAACACCCGGAAACUCCAGAAACCUUAAUCGGUGGUACAAACCAAAAUAAAUAUUGUACUAACUGUGUAAAAAAAAAUUUGAAAAUAAAAUCUCAAGUUCCUGAACUAUUUGAAUUUGUUGAAAAAUACAAAAACCAAUAUUUUCAUUUUAAUUACAAAUUAAACAAUGAGGAAUAUAAAAUUGGAGAUUUUAUAUAUUUAAAACCUGGGAUAUUUACAGAAGAUUUAAGAAUUAACUUUGAAGGACAAGCACCAUUUGUGUUUAAUGAUACAAAUAAAAAUGAAAAUAGCACUUUACCAAAAAAUAUUUGUGAAACAAAGUACCCUGAACAUUAUCGUAAGAAUCUGGAAAACACAAUGCGUGGUUCCAAUGAAUCAACGCCGGAGCCUUUUGAAAUUGCAGAAAUAUUAAGUAUGCAUGUUACGAAAAAUUUUAAAAGUAAUGUUCAGAUCCUUGUACGCCGUAUGUAUAGAGCUGAUCAAAUCCCAUUGGGAAAUAGUGACAAAAAUGCGGAUAUGAAUUUGCUAUUUUGGUCUGACGAACAGUUUAAAAUAAAAUAUGAUGAUAUAGUUGGAAAAUGUUACGUAUCGCAUAUCAAUAACGUUCAAGACCUUGCUGCUUGGUUUGCUGAUGGACCAGAUCGAUUUUACUUUGAAAAUAAAUACAAUUUUUUAACUUGUUCCAUUGUUCCCGAAUGUCAACUUUCAAGUGUAGCAAUACCAACUAAAAGAGAAGUAAACCCUGUUAACUAUAUAAAUGAAAGUAAAAAACAAUCUAUACCUUCUUAUAAGAAAAUCAGUCCACUUAGAGGACUGGACAUAUUUGCAGGUUGCGGUGGAUUGUCCAAAGGAUUGGAAGACAGUGGAUUACUUAAAUGCAAAUGGGCUAUAGAAUAUGAUGACAACGCUGCUGAAGCAUUCAAAUUAAACAAUCCCGAUACAAUUGUAUUUGUUGAAGAUUGCAACGCUUUGUUAAAAUUAGCUAUGUCGGGUAAAACAACUAACAAAUUAAAUCAAAAAAUACCACAAAAAGGUGAAGUAGAUAUAAUUUGUGGGGGGCCUCCGUGUCAGGGAUUUAGCGGCAUGAAUCGGUUCAAUUCUGGUCAAUAUUCAUUGUUUAGGAACUCUUUGAUUGUUUCAUUUUUAUCAUACAUAGAUUUCUAUCGACCAAAAUUUUUCAUUAUGGAAAAUGUCAGGAAUUUUGUUUCAUUUAACAAAGGCACGGUUAUAAGAUCAACACUCCGAUGUAUUACACGCAUGGGCUACCAAUGUACAUUUGGAAUUCUCCAAGCAGGAAAUUUUGGUGUCCCUCAAACCAGAAGGCGGUUAAUUAUAAUGGCAGCAGCUCCUGGUGAAACAUUACCAUUUUAUCCAGAGCCCACUCAUGUCUUCAAUAAGAGAAAUUCAAGUUUAAAUGUACAAAUUGGUGGAAAAAAGUAUAAAACAAAUUGCAAGUAUAAAGAAUCGGCUCCUAUGAGAACUGUAACAGUAUAUGAUGCUUGGUCGGAUUUACCUGAGAUAAAAAAUGGAGCAAAUAAUGAAGCUAUUCCAUAUAAACAUAAGCCCAAAACACACCUACAACAAUUACUGAGGUAUCCAAAUAAUCUUCUCUCAGAAUCUAUACUGACAGAUCAUAUCUGCAAGGACAUGUCACUCUUAGUGCAAGCACGAAUGGAACUCAUUCCUAUAAGUGAAGGUAGUGAUUGGAGAGAUCUACCGAACAUAGAAGUACAACUAGCUGAUGGAAAUUGGACAAACACUCUUGUGUAUAGAUAUCAUGAUCAAAAUAAUGGCAAAGGACCAGGCGGUGCAUUUAGAGGAGUUUGCCAAUGUGCUAGUGGAAAGAAAUGUAAUCCACAAGAUAAGCAAACGAACACAAUAAUUCCAUGGUGUUUGCCGCAUACGGCAAACCGAAACAACAACUGGGCAGGAUUAUAUGGACGGCUCGCGUGGAAAGGAUUCUGUUCGACAACAAUAACAAAUCCUGAGCCAAUGGGUAAACAAGGUAGGGUACUUCACCCUAAUCAACAUAGGGUAGUCAGUGUGCGAGAGUGUGCACGAUCACAGGGUUUUAAUGAUGCAUUUUUAUUUUACGGACCAAUUAUUAACAAACAUAGGCAAAUAGGGAAUGCAGUGCCACCGCCUAUGGGUAAAGCAAUUGGACACGAAAUAAUUAAUGCUAUUUAUAAAAAAUCUCACCACUUCUGUACAACUAAAGAUUAG